CGUUCACGAGCCGGCUGAGCGGGAACCGUGGCGUCCAGUACACGCGGCUGGCGGUGCAACGAGGGGGCACCUUUCACAUGGGGGGCACCGGCACCCACAGCAGGCCGGCGGGCAGCAGCGUGGACAGCCUCCUGCGUUUGCGCGGCCGGCUGCUGCUGGACCACGAGGCGCUGUCUUGCCUGCUGGUGCUGCUGUUCGUGGACGAGCCCAAGCUGAACACRAGCCGGCUGCACCGCGUGCUGCGCAACCUCUGCUACCACGCGCCCACGCGGGGCUGGGUGGUCCGCAGCCUGCUGUCCAUCCUGCAGCGCUCCAGCGAGAGCGA